GGACAGGACAGAAAGAUAAGGGACUGAUCCACUGUCGGCCAACAAAUGCCGCGGGCCCUAAUUAGAGGGCGUUUAGCUGAUAAGGGCCCACCUGACGUCGUUCCGGCCUACAGUCACGCAACGUUUCCAACGACUAUCUAACCCCGCGAUAGCCGCAGAUGCUCGCUUUCGACAGUACAGUCCAAUUGAGUGGCUUGUGUACUCCAAAAUGACUGCCAAAGGGGACUUUUCAAUUCCAAUGCAUCGGACUCCGUCAUCUCGACGGCCACAAGGUCGCGCAAUUAGGCGCUGGCAAUUGCCAAUUUGUGCCGGAAUCUGCGCUGCAGCAAUCUUGCUGGUCGGAGCGAGCCCCAGAGAGCUCCUACUGCCAACAGAUGCGACCACGCGGCAUGAAUUCUACGACGGAUUACAUCAAUGUUAUGACGUUGAACGCCAACAGCAAGCUCGACGUGCUGGAGAUAGCACAAGACAGAAUCCACGAUGGAAUCCGGUCGCAGGACAGACUACCCCGGUCGUUAUUCAGAACGCAACCCUGUUUGAUGGCGAGUCGACUCUCGCUGAUCCCGUGGACAUCGUCUUCGAGGCUGGUGUAAUCACAUCCAUUAGUGCCACUGGAUUAGGCGAUGAUACUCCACAAAACGCGAAUGUCAUCGACGUGCAUGGCAAGCAUGUAACACCGGGUCUGGUGGAUUUGCACUCUCACCACCUGCUGCUUCCAUUUCCUCAGCUGGCGGCGACCAGUGAUGUGAAUGAGCGGCCCCUGCUCGGACCCAUUACGCCCUUUGUGCGCGCCAUCGACGGUUUCACGCCAUCUGAUCCAGCCAUUCGAAUCAUCGCUUCUGGUGGUGUCACCUCCUCUCUUGUUCUACCGGGCUCAGCAAACAUCGUCGGCGGCGAGGCAUACCCGGUGAAAAACCUGCUUUUCCCCGGGGCAGACCGCGAACCCGUCAUUGAGGAACUACUGUUGGAACAUGGCAUCCCAGAGCCAGAUCGACAGCGGUAUCUCAAGAUGGCCUGUGGUGAAAACCCCAAAGGCGUCUACCAUCACACCCGACUCGGUCUUGCCUGGCUCUUGCGAGAAAAGCUGGCAGAGGCACGGGAACUACUCGAGCGUCAGUCGGAUUGGUGUCGUGCGGCAUUCGAGAUCGAGGGAAUCAAAUUCGGACAGGGUCAACAUAUUGCGAGUUUUCUUGAACGACAGGGGCGACGACCAGAUUCAUUCCAACUGGAAACUUUUGUGGCCCUUAUUCGGGGGGAGCUGAACGUGAACGUUCAUUGUUACACCCCGGAGGAUUUGGAGCGCAUGCUUGCCGUACUCCAUGAGUUUGGCAUCCAUCCCCAGGCUUUUCAUCAUGCACUGGAAGCCUGGCAGGUUCCCGAACUUCUCAAACGCCAAGAGCCGAAUAUCACGAUCGCUACCUUUGCGGAUAAUGCUUUGUUCAAGGCCGAGGCGUACGGAGCGAACCUACGAGCAGCCCAGGUACUCAAUGACCAUGGUGUCCGGGUAGCCUUCAAGUCGGAUCAUACCGGAGAAGGCAACUAUGCGAAAUAUCUUCUCGACCAGGCUUCUAUCGGUCACUCCUUUGGCUUGCCGGCCGAUAAAGCCCUGCAGUCAGUUACCUCGAUACCGGCCCAGUCCAUGCAGCAAGGUCACCGCAUCGGAUACGUUCGUCCGAGUUAUGAUGCAGAUAUAGUCAUUUGGGACAGUCAUCCGCUUCAGGUCGGAGCCACUCCUGUGGAGGUCUUCAUUGAUGGACGUGCCCUAUUGAAGGAUGAUGUAACAGAUCAGUUAAUUCCUUCCAGCUCCGGUGAUAUCGAUCAACAUGCACCCGAGACGCGACCAAUCGUUGAUCUCGAAGAGCGGAAUGAUGUCUGCUCACAGUCGCGCCUUGUUUUUACCGGUAUUCGGACAGCACUUAUCGAUAGCCCGAGACUUGAACAAGCACCCGAGGAUCUGGUUUUCGUGGUAGAGGACAACCGAGUCUCGUGCUUUGGUACCAAGUCGGCGUGUGUCAGAGGCGAGGACGAGGAGAGGAUAACAGAGAUAACGCUGAAGAACGGCUAUAUCACUCCCGGGCUCGUGGCCUUUGGCAACAACCUUGGAAUCCAAGCGAUCCCGCCCGAAAGCUCGACCGGUGACGGCUCAAGUGGCACAACUGGCGACCCUCUGAACGAAGCCAAGAAUGUCCACUUUGCCAAAUAUGGUGUGCAUCUUCAUGGUGAAGCGUUUGACAGAGCUCGAAUUGGAGGAGUCACGAAAGCCAUUACUCCGCCACAUGGCACUGGUCUUAUUCGGGGUGUCAGUACAGGAUUACGAACCGGGCCGCAUGCGACUAUAUUGGAUGGUGGGAUCUGGAAGGACGACGUGGCUCUUCAUCUAUCAAUUGGACAAGGAGCCAAAGACGGAGACACUCCGACGAUUGGUUCAGGAAUCGAUUACCUGCGUCGGAUACUGCAACAGGGCAGCAAGAACGGAGCUGAGCAGCGCAGCGUGUACACACAGGCAGCGAAUGGCUCCCUUCCGUUGGUGAUCGAGGUAUAUAACGAGGACGAUAUCGCUCAGUUGAUUCUGGUGAAACGAGAGUUCCCUGCCGUCAAUUUAAUUGUCUAUGGAGGUCAUGGCGCUGCUUUAGUUGCCAAACCUCUAGCAGAAGCCGGCAUUCCAGUCAUCUUGACCGGUAACCGAGGAGCGCCAGAUAAGUGGGAGAAGAAGGACGCUCUUCCCGGACCACCACUCAGCGACAGCCCAGCGAAAGUGUUGAUUGAAGCCGGUGUUCAGCUGGGAUUGGCCGUUCGAGGCGAUUCCAAAAUCCAUGGGUUGGCGCGGGAGGCGCGCUGGGCCGCCAAGCAAGCCGGGCUCAGUGAGAAGCAAGCCAUCGCGCUUGUAUCGUCCAACAUUGAGCAGAUUCUGGGACUUGGUCGCACUGUCGAUAAUGACGAUGCGUACAAGGGGGAUUUUGUCUUGUGGGAAGGUAACCCGUUGCGUGGAGAAGGCUCAGUUGUGGUGGCUGUGCGUGAGGAUGGCGUAAUUGCAGAUUGCUGGCCGGAUUCUGGGAUGUAAUUGUUCCUCUGAGGCACCCAGGCAUACAGGCUGCCUUGGGAAUUAGGCUAUCAACGCCCAGGCAGUCAACCCCACUCUUUCA